AUGGAGAAAACUCAGUCCUCAACCUUCUACCAUAGCCUGCUGCAGCAAAGCCCUGCAACUUCAGAGGCUGGGGACCAGGGAUACAUGGGCUCUAGGACACAGCCCUUAACAUUGCAAAACUCACAGGCCAUUGGGAGAGAAAGACUCAGAAAGCAGCUUUAUCCAGAAAAAUAUGGGCUCUGGCAGUCUAAGACCUCAGGUGAUGAUGAAACCUCCAGCAACGACCCCAUCUUCAAUCCUGAACCAGUCAUUGCCCACUGCUUCAAGCAGUUCAAGCAGAAGGCUUUCCCCCAGCCUCAGAGCCGCCGGCGGAUCAUCACCUUGCCUCAAAAUGAGGAUCCAAUACCCAUCAAUCUCAUGGCCCAAGCCCAGACUCCCCCACAGCCAAUAUCCAGCUUCAAAGUCCUGGGAGCCGGGGAUAUCCUGGGGCAGCCAGACGAUGCAAAGACCUGGCUCAGCCAGAGACUGAAGCUUCGGCAGAACCUGGAGUCAUUCGGUGACACGGAGAAGUGGCUGCAGAACAAGCCUUGCCUCACUCCUUCAGAGGCCAAGGUCUUAAACAUGAUCCAAAAAGAGCAUGAGGCCCAUUUGCUGGCCUGUCUGACUCCUACCAGAGCCACCAAGAAGAGCCCCCGGCCUUCCCGCCGACCUGUGCCCCAGCUCCGACUGCCCAAGCCUUCUGCCUUGACCACCUUGUACUCGUACCUGCGCAGCCGCAAGAUCAAGAUGCUGGAGAUAUUCAGCAAGGUGGACUGGGGUGAGAACCAGAGGAUCUCUAGGGAGGAGUUCAUUGCGGCUCUGAAGGCGGUUGGAGUCCCUCUGAAAAACCAGGAGAUGGAGGAUGUUGUGAUCUAUCUCAGCUCUCUGGGAAAGUGCAACAACAUUACCACGGAUAUCCUAGCCAACACCUACAAGCAGUGGUCUUUGGGUGAGCAGAGAAGCACCCUGUCGACUGCAAGGGAGUAUUAUAGAUCCGCCAAGCACAGAGGUUCCCUCCAAAGUGCAUCCAAGAACCAGGUGGAUUUGGCCCCACAGCCUUGUAAGAUGGACCUGCUGACUGUGCCCCUGGUUGACAUCCACAUGGAGGCACGGCCCAUGACUCUGGAGGAGAUGGAGGACGUUGGCAAGCGGUACCGCGAGAGGAAGCGGCAGCACCAGCUCAAGAUCCCCUCCAUCCAGUACCUGGAGCGGUGCCGCCUGGUGCGCAGUGGGAAUAAGCACUUUGAUGAGCACUGUCUCCCGUCCACCAUGCACGGGGAUAUGAGGGAGCUCGUUAACAUGUCCCGCAGGGACAACUUUCUGGUCUACCUGCAGUGCCACAAGCUCUGUGAGUACUACGGCCUCCCGCUGACGGAGGACAUACUCAUGAAAGCCCUGCUUUACCCAGGAGACAAGAUCAUUUUCCAGAAGGACCAGGUGCGCCCGAUCCGGCAGCCGGGAGGCUACUACUCAGACUUGAAGAUCUUCAGUCCAAAUCUGGCCCUGCUCAAGCUCCAGGGCUUCAGUGAGGCUCUGGCUAAGAAGGCUGACAAGCUGAGUGUCAGACCCCCUGUGUUCCCUGCCAUUUGCCUUCUGUCCUGCUGCUGCUCCUUCAGUGCUGGGGAUAGGAUGGUGGCCUCCCUAAGGUGUCAUGGUGCACCAGUGCCUGUGUCCAAGCAUGCCCAGCAUGUCCAUCCCCACUGGUCACCAGGUGUCGUCCCUGGCACAUGUCUGAGGGCCACAGCCUCCCUGCCUCACCCCCAUACAGCUACUCUCCCAACCACAUCCUACAUGAUCUCAAGCUCUCUGGGAAAGAUUAAAAAGAGGGACUUCUUCAAGAAAUAGGGAGGCUCCUUCACAAAUCAUGGGCAGGCCAUCAGGGGCCCUACAGAGGAGAGGUGUGGCAGUCCCUUCUUUGUCCUGCCUUCUCUGGCAAGAGGUGGGCUUGCAGCCCUUAGGAGGAGGAAAGAAUUCUGCACUGGGGCCUGUCUCUGA